AUGACUGGAUUGGGCGUUCGAUCCAGUAGCUAUGGUUCCUUGGACAAGACGGGACUCAACGGCGUCGUUUUGCCUAUCCAGGCGACUACGAUACGUAACAAACCGUCUAAGAUGCAUAAGGAGAGGGAAGGCGUCGUUCAUUGGAUCUUCAAAUUCGCUGGUCGUAAGAAGGUCGGCAUGUUGUUACUCUUCUUGAUCUCCGCCGUCGUCUUCCUCCGCGUCCUCUUCGUCGGCAAAGGUGAAGAUGGACAGGAAGUUCAAGUUCCACCGAGUCUACAUUUCAAUGGAAGUUCAGUUGUAAAUCAUUCCAACUUGUUUAAUGAAGAGCAAAACAUCAACAUACGGAAUAUAUCUUUUAAUGUUGUAUAUUCCCCUCCUCCUCCUCCUUCUCCUACGCAUUUUCUUGGCUAUACGCUUCCUCAAGGACAUCCUUGUCAUAGUUUCACCUUACCUCCCCCACCUGCCGACAGAAAAAGAACUGGACCUCGCCCAUGCCCGGUAUGUUACCUUCCAGUAGAAGAAGCGAUUGCUUUGAUGCCAAAUGCCCCAUCGUUUUCCCCUGUUCUUAAGAACUUAACGUACAUAUAUGAAGAGCCACUAAACAGAGACACAGAGUUUGGAGGGUCGGAUUUUGGUGGUUAUCCUACUUUGAAACUUAGGAAUGAUUCUUUUGACAUUAAAGAAACUAUGAGUGUACAUUGUGGGUUUGUCAAAGGGCCUCAACCUGGUCUAAAUACAGGUUUUGACAUGGAUGAGGCUGAUCUUCUUGAAAUGAAGCAGUGCCGUGGGGUAGUCGUUGCUUCAGCUGUAUUUGAUGCUUUUGAUGAUGUAAAAGCCCCACAAAAUAUCAGUAAAUACUCGGAGGAAACAGUUUGUUUCUACAUGUUUGUUGAUGAAGAAACUGAAUCAAUUUUGAAGAGAGAAAGAGGCCUUAACGAGAGCAAGAAAGUAGGGAUAUGGAGAGUUGUUGUUGUUCAUAAUCUCCCUUAUUCCGAUGGAAGGCGCAAUGGAAAGGUGCCAAAGCUUCUUGUUCAUAGGAUGUUUCCAAAUGCUCGCUAUUCUUUAUGGAUUGAUGGAAAACUUGAGCUUGUCGUCGAUCCAUAUCAAAUUCUUGAAAGGUUCUUGUGGAGGAAAAAUGCUACGUUUGCGAUCUCUAGACAUUAUAGAAGAUUUGAUGUUUUCGUGGAAGCUGAAGCAAAUAAAGCUGCCGGUAAAUAUGAUAAUGCCUCUAUCGACUUUCAAGUGGAUUUCUACAAGAAUGAAGGGUUAACUCCUUACUCUGUUGCAAAGCUCCCAAUCACAAGCGACGUUCCGGAGGGAUGUGUCAUUUUGAGAGAGCAUGUUCCCAUAAGCAACCUCUUCACUUGUCUUUGGUUCAACGAAGUAGACCGGUUCACUUCAAGAGAUCAAAUCAGUUUCUCAACAGUAAGAGACAAGAUUGCAGCAAAAACAAACUGGACAGUGAGCAUGUUCCUUGACUGCGAGAGACGUAAUUUUGUAAUUCAGAGAUAUCAUCGAGCAGAGCAAGAGAGAUUCGCAAGGCAAAAGCCACCAGUGCCUAGUUUUUCUCCUCCACCGCCGUCACUACCUACACCGGUUUUAAUAAGCAGCGAUUUGCCUAGAAAAGUCUCGAGUGGAAGAGCAGUUAGGACAUCGCCGCCUAGAAGGCGUGGGAGAGACAGACGGUCGGGUGCAAGGGGUCACAGGAAAGCUAAUUUGCCUGUAAGAUUACCAGAUUCAGCUUAAGACAGAAAGAUACAAAAGCCUCCCCUUGCAAAGAGGUUGGUUCUUCUUCAUGGUCACUCACAUCAGUCAUCAUCAACAAACCCACACAUUCAAAAUUUACCAUACAGUAUGUUCUUUUUGUUUUGUUACUAUAUUGAUUCUAAGGAUUCAAAAUCAUUUUUUAAUGUAUAUAUAUACACAGACUUUGGCUCAAACUAUCAAAAAGUGGAACGUAAUGAUCAUCCAUCAGACAAAAUGUUUCAGAGAAUAUUGAACAAACAUGUUGAAUUGAUUGAAAGAGUGAUUUUAUAACUA